AUGUCUGCUCAUUCCACUGCAAUGACAUCCAUCGAAAACAUUAGCCUUCUCAUUUUAAAAAUUCAGGACUCUAAAGUUCAAAAGAAAACUUCUGAGAAUAUCAAAGCGCCAAAAUCCACCUCAACAGCUUACCCGAUUACAACUAUCAAAGAGGAAGUUCCAGAUUCAGAUGAUUCUGAAAAUGAGGGAAAUCCAAAGCAGAAGAAGAAGAAAGUGACGGUUGUGGAAGAUUCUGAAGUAAGUGACGUCGAAGAAGACGUCAAGCCUAUUCUGAAGACUGAGGUUGCUCAAGGAUCAGAAGCUUCGGAGGUUCUGGGAAACAUCGAUAUUUCUGAAAUCAUUAGUGAUGUUGAGAUGGUUGAUGUCUCGCCAGCCGACGUCAACACUGAAGUCAUAGAACGUCUUGUGACGGAGGUGGAGAGGUCUCCAGACGUUUCCACUACAGUCGUCAAAGCAACGGAUCCACCCAAGAUUUCUGAAGUCACAAUGAAUGAAGAAUCUCCAAGAAUUGAUGGCGACGUUGAGAUGCCACACGCAAAAUCUCCGCGACAUCAUUUUACUGAUGUAAUCUUUGUUUCUCCUACCGUCGUUAAUACCCAAGGCUCUUCUCCAAAAGUCGUUGACGUUGACGUUGAUAAGGAUUCAUCUAGUACUACCAGAAGUGUUAGCGAGUCUUCAGAUGACGUGGAGGUACCUGAACAGCAAUCUGAUGAAGAAUAUGAUACUUAUGAAGCCGAGGUUAUCCAAGUCAACAAAACUAGAAUCCGUGACGCUGUUGAUGAGGAUUCAGAUGAAGACCGUCAACUCGGUUACAGCGUGAUGUCAAAAGUAGCGAACAUUUUUUCUGCAUCUUCUGAUAAAUCAGGACCAUCUCUAAAAAAGCAGAAGAAACACAUGGCACUUCAGAUGUCUUCAUCAGAAGAUUCUGAUUCUGACGACACCACUCAAAUGACGAUGGCUCCCACAUCUUCAUCUCUCUCAGAAGCACUGCUUGAAAUCGGCAUGCCAUCCGGUGCUCCGAGUAUGCGCAAACACCGGGAUGAAGGUGUCUAUAACCAUUGUGUUAGCAUUGGAAAAAAGAUCAAAGCGGAGCAUACCAAAGAGCAAAUCAAUCUCCUCACUUAUUUCUCCACUGCACGGAAUGAGCUCUACCAAAGAUACUGCAGAAGCGGUUGGCUCCAUGAGACCAACAAGACUAAAAUGGAGCAGCUCCCUAUCUACGCGUUCCUGAUGGCGCCUCUCACCAAAAAUGUCUACAUGGAGGGUCUUAAAAACGAUAAAAUCAAAACGGCCAACGACGUUCAUGUGAAGAUUUUUGAAGCUUCUCGAUUCGACGACUCCACCACUGCGGAAUGUCUGCAAAUGUGGAUUUCUGGAAGUAUCCAGAGUUCCACGUUCAAGAUAUGCUUGUCGUUGAUCAGAGAGGCGAAUGAGAUUUGGAGAGACUUGGCGAGCGGAAAAAUCAAACAUUUUGUGAAGGAUAUGAAGAUUGUGGACAGUUUGGAGAAAAUUCCGGAUUUCGGAUUUUUGGUCUGCUUUCAGAAACUCCCCGACAUCGCCACUAUCCAAUCCAAACAUCUCAAUUGCCUUAUCAUCGAACCAUCCUUCGCAACCACCCGUCUCAUUCUGAGCCAUACCGAGCAAUGUGUUCGUGCGAGUGUCCAUGAAUCCGCGUAUCGAGGAAAUCAAGGAAUUUUGAACUAUUAUUGCUUCGGACCCAAAAUCAAGCCAUUGCAGGAUGAUGUGAGACGUAAGACUUCGACGAACUUGGUUUCGGCAUUCCGAUUCUCAAUGGGAGACUACUCGGCCAAGUUCUUCACGAACCCGGAGAACAGGCUCUAUGCAAUUUAUGGUUAUUUCUAG